AUGCCUUUCAAUACUGAACUAACCAGGAGGCUGGGAAUUGAAAUUCCCGUCGUGCAGGGUGGCAUGCAAUGGGUUGGUUACGCGGAGAUGGCAGCUGCUGUCAGUAAUGCCGGUGGCCUCGGAAUUCUUACAGCGCUUACACAACCGUCCCCUGACGACCUUCGUAAAGAAAUCCGCCGAACACGUGAAAUGACCAAGAAGCCGUUUGGCGUCAACGUGACGCUUCUUCCUUCUCUUGUUCCCCCAGACUAUGGCGCGUAUGCUCAGGCUAUCAUCGACGAAGGAAUCCGGAUCGUUGAAACCGCGGGGAACAGCCCCGGGCCGGUCAUCAAACAGUUAAAGGCUGCCGGCUGUAUUAUUCUUCACAAAUGCACGACUAUCAGGCAUGCGAAAUCCGCCGUGAAACUCGGCGUUGACUUCUUGUCUAUCGACGGAUUCGAAUGUGCUGGGCAUGUGGGUGAAACCGAUAUCACCAAUUUCAUCCUCCUCAGCCGUGCUAGGCAAGAGCUCAAGACCCCAUUCAUCGCGUCUGGUGGAUUCGGCGACGGAAACGGUCUGGCCGCUGCUUUAGCGUUAGGCGCAGAGGGAAUCAACAUGGGUACAAGAUUUAUGGCAACUGUAGAAGCGCCUAUCCAUCAGAAUGUGAAGCAGGCUAUCGUGGACGCCCACGAGGAAGAUACUAAGCUCCUUCUGCGCCGCUGGAGAAACACAACCCGACUUUUCAAAAACAAGGUCGCAAACGAAGCCUACAAAAUUGAAACGGAGGGAAAGGGUGAGGAUUUCUCUGAGAUGGCGCCGUUUAUGAGCGGUAAGAGAGGCCGUCAAGUCUUCCUGAACGGCGACGUCGACUACGGUGUGUGGACCGCGGGACAAGUGAUUGGUCUCAUCCAAGACAUCCCGACAUGCGAAGUGCUUUUGAAACGCAUCGAGAGAGAAGCUGCAGAGGCAAUGGCCAAAAUCAGUGCUCUGUAUACUCCGUCUGCUCCUCAAAGCAAGCUUUGA